ACAGAGAAAUUCAUAACAAUUUGAGGCACAGAAACAAAGAUGGGAAGAAGUCCGUGUUGCUCCAAGGAAGGACUGAACAGAGGAGCCUGGACUGCCUUAGAAGAUAAAAUCCUUAUAGCUUACAUUAAAGCUCAUGGAGAAGGCAAAUGGAGGAGCCUUCCCAAGAGAGCUGGCUUAAAACGAUGUGGCAAAAGUUGUAGACUUAGAUGGUUGAAUUAUUUGAGACCAGAUAUCAAAAGAGGAAAUAUAUCAGAGGAUGAAGAAGAGCUCAUCAUCAGACUUCAUAAUCUUCUUGGGAACAGAUGGUCCCUAAUAGCAGGAAGAUUACCAGGGCGAACAGACAAUGAAAUCAAAAACUACUGGAACACAACUUUAGGAAAGAAGGCUCAAGCCAAAUCAUGUUUGUCACCAUCAAAUCCAAAUCAAAGACGAACAAUAAGCACCAAGCCCAAGGAAAAGCCAACUCCGGUCAGGCCGCCGCCGGGCCCCCUGAGGACUAAACCACAUGUAAUCCGAACCAAGGCAAUGAAAUGCACCAAAGUCCUUAUGCCCCCACCGAGUCAGGCCGCCGCUGCAUUCUCAUCUUCUCUACAAAAUAACCAAGUGAAGGACUCAAUGCCAAUGAUCCCAUUGAUUCAUCCCCAUCAGACCCACUCGGUGACAGCUCCACACCAGGAUAACCUUAAUCUGACGACCAACACUACCGAUGGAUCUGGAGACUUCUGUGCACCUUACUCUCAUCAUCAUGAAUCUGAUUUUCUGCGUGAUCUUCAAGUUGGCCAUAAUUUAAAUUUGACAAGGGACAAUAACACCUUGUCGGGGACUUCUGACUGUUCUCUACUACUGUUGGAUGAACCCAUGCUGCCCGAGGAGUUAAAUGCAAAUGGUUGUCUUCAACAGAAUUUUGCCAUGGAUCUCGGAUCCAUAGCUUCAUUUCUUGAUACUGAUGAAUGGCCAUGAGGGGAAUUGAAUAUGUGUUCAAAGGAUAUUAUAUACUUCUCCCUUUCUUUAAUUUGUACAAUAUAUGAUUAGCCGUAGAAAUACCAGGUUGGUGUGAUCAGUGGGGAUCAUCCUCACCCAAGUUAAUUACGCUUGAUUAGAUUAGAUCAUUAAUGGAGGGAAGACAUGUCUUCUUCUUUUUUUCUUUUUUUUUUUUGAUAAAUAGUUGCUGAUGAUGGGUCUUUGAGUUUGAGAUAUUCAUUUUUCUUUU